AUGGCUUCCCAGUUACAGGAGGAGGACGCAGGUGCUGUGCGUGAAGGAGAACCUGAAGAAGAUGAUGAAGUCCAUGGGGAUUGGGAGCUGUUCGUGGAGGACAGUGAGGAGUCAUGCGUUAUGGAAGGAGAUUCCGAACCAGAAGAAGAACCUCCUCGCUUACGGGCGCUUUGCAGCUCAUGUGACCCUGGGGUGGAGUUGGAGUUGUUAUGUCGUCGCUAUGAAGGUUAUCUUGGGGAUGACAAUGGAGCACCGGAGGUUCAGGAGGAGAUGGCUACGAGCUUGGAGGAGUGGGAGCUGUUGUGGCCGCGUAUGUCAAAGGUGGAACCUGAGUUCACUGAGAACAUCGAGGAUCUGAUCGCUGGACUACAAGAACCUUUGAGGCAUACACACAAUGUGAACCCACAAGAAGUUCGAGCCGCAAUGGAAAGGUGGAGGGAUGCGAUCGUCAAGGAGCUCGGGGUGGUUGAAAAGGGCUUCUACAAGACCACUGUGGAUGGAGUUCGGGAGCUGAAGAAGUCCCGAAAAGUCCAGGAGCUUCCAGCUAAACUUGUAUACACCCUGAAGCCACCCAGCGAACCUGGCGAGCCUGGCACAGAGUCGGCCAAAUGCAAAAGGAAGGCCAGGAUUGUUUGCUGUGGGAAUUUCAAUAGUGAGGAUCCUGGGGACGUAUUCGCUUCGGGAGCAGCAGCAGAGUCUUUGAGAUGCGCCCUCGCACUUACAGCUAUGAAAAGAUGGUCCGCUGGAGGCUUGGAUAUUGGAGGAGCUUUCAUGCUGACACCCUUGGAUGAUGAUGUCAAUGCGGUUCUAUUUGCUGUGACCCCGCCGGCCAUUUUGGUCCGGCUCAAGCUGGUGGAACCCAACGAGCGAUGGAUACUUACCAGGGCGAUGUACGGACUGCGACAGUCACCAAGACUAUGGUCAGUGUUUCGUGACAAGACUGUAAAGGCUAUGAAGAUUGAGUUGGCUGGUGAUACAUGGUACUUCAAGCAAGGGGUGGCGGAACCCAACCUAUGGUACCUUUACAAGCUCAAUGAUUCUACUUCUACCAGUCCGGAGGCCGUGUUGCUGAUCUAUGUGGACGACCUCUUGAUAUGUGGACCUGACCCCCUGGUGAGGGCUAUAGACAGCGAGCCAAAGGGUGACGAAGGCCACCUGAAAAGGGCUCAGACAAUGGGUGUGGCUUUGGAGAUCAGGCCUGAGAGCGGGGGCUUUGAAGCCUGGAGCGACUGCAGCUAUGCUCCAAGUGGGUGUCGAUCCCACAGCGGUAUGGCGAUUACCUGGAACAAAGCUGUUAUAGGAGAGUUGGUUGCGGCGAUUGAGACUCUCACCCUUGCAAUGAGCUUGAAGGCGAUAGUGGAUGAGUUCGGGGAAACAGUUCCGAACAUGUACGACGGCGAGCUGGAGGACGCGGAGCUCAAUGCUUUGUGGAAGUUGGUGGAUUUGCUCGACCCUUUGGAUAUUGAUACCCCUUGGGAGCUUUAUUUGUUGGUAGCUUUGAUCGCGGUUGGAGUUGUGGCAGGAUGCAAUACAGCAGGAGAUUGCCACGCAGCUCAAUGCUUCUCCCCCGCGUACUACGACUACGGCAUCCUCGGGAACGACAUCAAGGACCCCCAAGGAGGCGACGAGGGAAAGGUCACCUACUAUUCCGGGGUUGGCCACGUCCUCUACGUCUACGGAAUCGCAUGUUCCCCGGUUACCAACGACUUCUACAGCAG